CGCCACCAACGUGAUGGUUCACACCGGGGAGUUUGCAGGAUCCGGCCCUAGUCGGCCCUCUCACGUAUUAUUGCUCCAUGGGUCAUACAGCAGGAGGCGAUUCAUGAAGAGGGUCUAGGUGAAGGCGCUGGGACUCCAGCUCUGGAGCCCAGUGGGGAAGGGGCUGAGAUCCAGGCCGCUGGAGCUGGUCGGUGUGUCAGGAACUGCUUCCCUCAGAAUUUGCUAACUAACAAAAACCUAAACUCACUUGGAACUUACCUAAGUUUAUGCUGUAGCGGUCCCCUAAAAGUGCCCGUGUUUCCUGCUCCAGUCGUGCAGUGCUUCCCACCCUAGGCACCCACACACCUGUCUCCUGCCCAAUCUCUAGCAUGACCCAUGAACGUGGGGAACAUAGGUCAUCCUCCGCUUUUAUCUUGCCUUCAGCGCCCCAUUCAGCAGGUCUGCUCAGAGGCAGACCAGCAGAUCUGGUCCCAUUCAGUAUCUGGCCAGAGGAGGGGUGCCUGCCUCAUCACGUUCAGCCCAGUGAUUAGAGCACUUACCUGCAAUGUGAAGACAUAUGGGUGUGGGUGAACCCCCGAUUCAGGGAGGCUAGCCCCCUACUCUGCCCCCUGUCCAAGGCCCUGGCUCCCCUUGCCCACCACCAGAGCAGCCCUAACACCCCCACCAUGGCCUGAGCCCCCCCAUGUCCCAAGCCGCUGGCCAGCCCAAACCACCCCUUGCUGCCAGUUGGUCCACCCAAGCCAUUCGCUGGCCCAAGCGACCCCUGGCAGCCAGCCAACCCGCCCAAGUGCCAAGCCGCCAGCCUGAGAUGAGCCCCCUCUUUGAGGGAGAGAUGGCGCAAGGUUGAAGUCUCAGGGCAGGGCCAGGGCCUCAGUUUGGGGAAGCUUAGCCUUCCCUGGCCUAUUAUACCUGCCAUCCAUGAAAGAGAUCCAGGUUCACAUCCCCUCUGAGGGAGAGAAAAGACUUGAGCUGGGGUCUCCCACACCGCAUCGGAGAGUGCUCUAAAUAUUUGUUCCAGCAUCUUUCCAGGUACUGAAGUUAGGCUUGUCUAAAAUUCCCUGGAUCCUCUUUGUUCUCCUAAAGAUAGGUACAAUGUUUGCCCUUCUCCAGUCCAGGGGUCCUCCAUGAGUUCUCAGAGAUAAUCAUUAAUAGCUCUGAGAUGGCUUCAGCCAGUUCCUUCGGUGCCCACACAUGAAUUUCAUCAGGCUCCACCAACUUGAAUACAUCUAAGUUACCUACAUAUUCUUUAAGCUAUCCUUUCCCUAUUUUGGGUGGCGCUCCUUCCCCCUUGCUGCGAAUAUUAACUGUGUUGAGUAUCUUGUCACAAUUCAACUUUUUCAUGAAGACUGAAGUAAAAUAGGCAUUAAACAUCCCAGUGUCAGUAACCAGAGCUAGGAGCCAAAACUGGAGUCAGAGCUGAUGUCAGGAACCUGAGUCAAGGGUCAGAACUGGGUUAGCUGGAAUGAGGCAAAUCAGGGGCAAGGCAGGUGCUGUCACAGCAAUACCUGAUGCUUUGCACAGCCUUUAAAGUGCGCCUGCUGCUGGGCUUAAGAGCUGCUCUGCGAACCAAUCAGGUGCUGUAGCCAAUCAAGCAGCCUGGUGCAGGCCAGCUGUGCUCAUUAGGUUGCCCAGAGAUCGACUCUGCUGCAGGCUCUGGUUUCUGACACUCAGCCUGCUUGAGCUUGUUGGUUAUUAGCUCAGCUCUCCUUCUUCGCUAAGUAGGGGGCCUGCACUUUCCUUUGUCUUUUUCUUGCUCCUAACAUAUUUAUAGAACCUCUUCUGAUGGCCAUUUUGUCCCUAGCUAGGUGUAGCUAAUUCCUGCAGGAACGGCGAACCGUGGCCACUGGGAGCUGCGAGUAGCCGUACCUGCAGACGCUCAGGUAAACCAAGUGUGUCGCAGCCCACCAUGUUGAGAAUCCCUGCUAUAAGUGAUUGCUUAAAUACUACAAGUUGAACCUCCCUGGUCUGGCACCCUCAGGACCUGACUGGCCCCAAACCAGGGAAUUUGCUAGACCAGGGGAGAUCAAUGCAAGCCCCACCACUCCUGGAUGGUGUCCCCAGGGCACCGGCCCCUCUGCUUCGCAGGGAUUCUGGGACUCCACUGCUGGCCCCCAGCCCACCACUCCCAGGGGCUCAGCUCCCAGCUGCCGGCCCCCUGCUCCUCCGGCCGCUUCCAGCUCCACUCUUCCCCGGUCCCACAACGCUCCUGGCCCCAGCCCCUCAGUUUCCCCCCCCCCCCGAGUGUUCCAGCCGCGGAACAUCCACUGGGUCACCGACGAUGCCGGACCAGGGAUGUUGCCGGACUAGGGAAGUCCGGAUUAGGAAGGUUCAACCUGUAACGUCAAUUAUUAUUUUCUGUGAUUAUUUAUUAUUAAAACUGUACACUAAGCAGCACAAUGACAUCCAGGCACACGGUGUUAACCAAGGCGUGCUAAGGAAAAUAGGAGUAACCAAACCACUGCUUUUAAAAAGGAAUUAAAAAUAAAUAACUAAAAUAGUGAAGUUGCAUUUACGGUGGAAACAGAGUAACUGUCAGGCCAUGGGAACAGCAGGUCAGAGCCACAUAAAGUGACAAUACAUUAUUUUAUGUAACAAAGACAUAUAGGGCAAUGUGCUUUAACACCACAGCCCGGGGGGGUGCUGAGAUGGGCCAGCAAGGAACACCAGCCUCUCUGCCACAUGUCCUAUUUUGGCAACCACUGCAGAUGGCUCACCUGACUGUGGUAACUUUUAUCACCACUGCUCCCAGUAAGUCUAUUUAGGCUUCUUUCUGUGCAUAAUUGCCUAUUCAUUUCUUUAAGUUGCUUGUUGGGGCUUUUUGGGGCUGUGGCUUCUGCCUUUUGGGGGGGGGGGCGGGGGUAGAAUAUCCUGCUGGAGCACGUGAUUGGCUCCCAGUUGCACAAUCUGCUAAAAAAAGCUUUAAAAGUCUGCUUGCUGUUGAUUAUUUUUUCCUUUUGCUUUUGGGUUGCCUGCGUGUGUGUGGCUGGUUGGGCUGCUGGCUGCCUGCAAAGGGCAGAGAGAACAGACAGUCACCCAGCUGCCAUGGCCUCUACAGCUACAGCAGGGGACAUACAAGAGGAAGCUAUUUGCUCCAUCUGCCUGGGGUAUCUGACAGAGCCGGUGACUAUAGCGUGUGGGCACAACUUCUGCCGAGCCUGCCUCACCUGGUACAGUGAGGAGAAGGGAAUGGGGACACCCCUGACCUGUCCCCAGUGCAGAGCCCAGUUCCAGAAAGGGGAGUUCAAGCCCAACACCCAGCUGAACAACAUCGUACAAAAGCUCAAACAACUGGAGUUAAAACCAGGAAAAGGGCAAAAGGAGGAUCUGUGUGAGAGACACGAGGAACGUCUCAAACUCUUCUGUGAGGAGGAUGGAGAACCUAUUUGCUUGGUGUGUGAGAAAUCCCGGGACCACAAGUCUCACACUGUGGUUCCCAUUGAGGAGGCUGCCCAGGAGUACAAGGAGAAACUCCAGGGAGCCCUGGACCCUAUGAGGAAGGAGCUGCAGGAGGCCCUGGCGCUGACAUCUAAAGAGAAGGAGAAAACCAUGGAGUGGCAGAGGAAAGUGAAGAACAAGAGGGAGAUGAUUGCAGGUGAAUUUAACAAACUGCACACACUGCUGAGAGAGGAGGAGCAGCUGCUUCUGCAGAGCCUGGAGGAGGAGGAGAGGGAGACUCUGCAGAGACUGCAGGAAAAUGUCACCAAACUCUCCCGGCAAAGCUCCUCUCUGCAGCAGCUGAUCACAGAGAUAGAAGAGAAAUGUCAGCAACCAGUUAUUGAGCUGCUAACGGAUGUGAAAAGCACAUUGAGCAGGCAUGAAAGUAUGAAACUCCAAGCACCAGAAGCCGUUUCUACUGACCUGAAGAACGUGUAUAAAAUUUCCCUUGACAUGAGGGAAGCGCUGGAGAGAUUCGGAGUGGACGUGACUCUGGAUCCAGACACGGCUCAUCCCUACCUCGUCCUGUCUGAGGAUCGGAAACGUGUGAGACACGGAGACACACGCCAGGAUCUGCCCGACAACCCUGAGAGAUUUGAUUAUUGUGCCUGUGUCCUGGGCGCUGAGGGGUUCGCGGGCGGGAGGCGUUACUGGGAGGUGGAGGUGGGAGACAAGACAGGCUGGGAACUGGGGGUUUGUAGGGAAUCUGUGAGCAGGAAGGGGAAGGUCACAGCAUCACCUGAGGAUGGAUACUGGGUCAUGUUGCUGAGGAAGGGGGGAUACGAGGUCUCCACCUCCCCCUGGAUCCCCAUCCCCAUGAGCGUCCGGCCUGGCCGGGUGGGGAUUUUCCUGGACUAUGAGGCGGGCGAGGUCUCGUUUUACAAUGUGACUGACGGGUCCCAUCUCUUCACGUUCACUGACACCUUCUCCGGGACGCUCCGCCCUUAUUUCCAUCCUGGUCUCCACGCUGCGGGUGAAAACGUGGCUCCCCUGAUCAUCUGCCCAGUCCCGGCUGCGGCCGGGGGGAAUCUCAGUCCCUGACAGUGACCCCGCGGCACAGACCAGCCCCCCCAGCGCUGCUGCUCCUCCCGCCCCCCUGGGCGGGGGAUGGUGGUUACUGCAGCUACUGGAGUUUUUGUGCUGACCGGACGCUGCCAGUUUCCCUUUUCCACUGGAGGGUCCAGUCGAAAACCGGACACCUGGCAACCCCCAGCCCUCACCUUGCCCCGUCCCCUGCCCCAGGGGUAGCAGAUGGUGGGGGAUGGGGUCAUUCACUCCUGCCAGAAUUUUCUACCCUUGUGAAAUCUCAAUGUAAAAUAGGAAAGAAAAAAGAUUAUUCAAAUUUAGAAAAUAUUAUUGUAACAAGGUGUAAAUACAAGAAUACUUUAAUUUAAAUUUCACAGUAUUUCAAAAAAAGGGAGAUAAACAUAUUUUUAGAAAUGGAAUUAUUUACAUUUAUUUUUUGAUUCUUCCCUCAAAUCUAUAUUGAAGUUUAACUUCUCUAAAUAACGUCAUUUGUAUUUCAACUGUGGAAUUUCAAGAAAUCCAAAAUAUUUGUCUUAACUAAAUAAACUAUUAAAUUGUCA